CGCAAUUUAAGUUCCGUGACGUACCGUGCAUCCACCCACUCACUCCUUAUAUAAAAACAGCAACAGCUGUUACUAACACUACAGGAAAUUUUGGUGGUCAAGGUUCUUUGCGUCUUCUACUAUCACUUCGGCCAUGAAGCUGUCUUUGUUUUGGGUAAUAGCAGCAUUUGCACCCAGUCUCAUACAGUGUGUCCCCAAUUACUGGUCAUACGGAUGGAAUAAUGCUUGGCAGGAUCUUCCGUUUUGCUCAAACGAUCCUGUCCCAUGUGACAUGGCUUUGAAAAUGUACGCCUCGAAAUCUCGCAAUUCUCCUGAGAUUUACUCCACCGACAGAGAAAUAUGUACAUGUCCACAUGGAAACACGUGUCCCAGUGGCUGGAGCACACGUGGAGAAAAAACCAUUACAAGAGACAUCCUAUCAAAAGGAAAACGAAUCGGGAUUGCAUUGCACUACUGUAACCCAAUAGGAGGAGAAAGAACAUGCGGUGAUGAUGAGGUAGCAAUGGUGAUGGAGGGUGGAAAUAUUCCGGAAAAAAUAAGAAAUGUUAACUGUAAAUGCCCUAGCGAUGACCCUUUGAAAAUCAAGAAAAGCUACUACGUUGGCUGGAAGAAGAAUCAUGACCUUGUCUGCGCCAUGCCACAAUGUAACAUCAACCGUUCGGAUGGUGGAAAGUGUCAACAAGUACAGCGAGUGAAAGACCCAGUCACUUGGCUGGUAUAUUACGUUGUUACAAACCUGUGUGAAUGUCCAAGUGGUUACGAUUGUGUUCAGGAGGAUAGACAAAACCUUUUCUAUGGCUAUUGCCAACGUAUCAAUGCAUAAACUGAUGUUUAAAAAGAUUUUUUUUAAUUUUUUUUGUAUUUGCUUUUACUUUUAUAUUGCUAAAUAUAAGGCAUUUCUGUGUUAUAAUUUUUACUCAUUAGAUUACAGUAUUGUUUGUAUCUUUUAUUCAUAAGAAAAUAAAUAUGAUAUUAUAUAUUAAAACUCUUUUUACGGUA